AUAAGAAGAAAAAUUUGUACAAGUGGACAGCGAUGUUGCAUAGGUGUACAUCGUUGUUGAAAAAGUUUUUGGUUUUGGAUGAGGAACGUACAUUUUAAAGGACGGCGAUGUUGGAAUAGCUACAUCGAUGUUAUAAAACUUUCUGGAAAUAAUAGAGUAAGGGAACUCCCUGUGACAGCGAUGUUGAUUAUAAUGACAUCGCUGUUGGUCCAAGUGAUGUACAAUUUUCAUGCAUUGAAGAAGACUUACACCGACAGGGAUCUUGUGCAAAAGAUCCUACGGAGCUUGACAUCCGAAUGGCGAUCUAAGGCCGAUGCCAUCUAUGAGUCAAUCGGCGCAUCCAAUGUCACCAAUGACGGCUUAAGAGGUAAUUUAAAAACUUAUGAAUCCACUAUACUUAACCCGUCUUUGAAUGACCAUAGGAAAGGCAUAGCGUUAAAAUUCGUCAAAGAGCCGAAGAUGAAUGGCUCAAGCAACGAUGAUGAAGUCAAGCUUGUCAUGAAGAAGUUUUGUAAAUUUCUAUGGAAGAAAGAAAAAGUUGAGGAUGGCCAUGCCCGGAAGGAGAUCAACCCGGCGCUGUUUCAGGUUUUCUACUCAAAUCUCCGGCGUGAAGACGUUGUUCUCUAUAGCCUCGUUAAGUCGACGCCGAUCGAGCUCACGGUGGAGCAACUUGGGCGCAUCGCCGGCCUCCCCUCCCAAGGUGAUGACGUCUUUGCCUAUGGUGGAGAGGAGUGGGAGAAUGAGAAAAUCGAUGAGAUGUUUGAACGAUUCUCCAAAAUCGUCAACGAUCUCCAUGCUCUCAAGAAGACGUACACGGACAAGGAGCUUGUGAGAAAAAUCCUGCGAAGUCUCACACCGGAGUGGCGGUCCAAAGCCGAUGCCAUCCAAGAGUCCAUUGGUGUCACCAACGUCACCAUUGACGAGCUUAGAGGUAACCUCAAAACCUAUGAGUCUACCAUUUUAUUCCCCUCUUUAGGUGAACAAAAGAAGAAGGGAAUUGCACUCAAGGGUUCCUCAAGCCAAGAACCCGCCAUGGAGGAAUCAAGCGAUGAAGACAACGAGUUCGGGCUAGUCAUCAAGAAAUUCCACAAGUUCAUGCGCAAGGAGUAUGAACGAAAGGGUAAAAAGCAUGGAGGACCACCCAAGUGCUAUGGAUGUGGAGAAGUUGGGCAUAUCAAGCCAAAAUGCCCAAAUGCCAAAAACGAGAAGGAGAAUAAACCGUUCAAGAAGCACCGAGCUUACAUCUCGUGGGGAGGUGAUUCCGGCGACGAAUCAUCGGAAGCUUCUCAAUAUGAUCCAUCAAGUGUUUGUAAUAAAGAGCCCAAAGUCUUGGAAGGGCUUUUACAUGUCAUUAGCACUCAAAAUGUGGGAGAUAAGAGAAAGACAUUGGAUGAGAUCAGAUUAUUUCGCGAGAGAUUGGGAUCUUUUGGAAGUGCUUUUGCAAUUACGACAUCACAUGAUUCACGCCCGGAGCAAGAAGGAGAGCUUGGUUAUGAUGAAUUAGAGGAGAUGCUUGAAGAGAUUGAACCUAGGGAUUAUAUGCCAUCAGAUUCAAGAGUUACGGAACUUGAUGAUGGAAACAACAAUGAUGAUGAUCAAGAGCUCACAAUUCUUGAUGAAGUUGAGGAUUUGACAGUGGGAUGAACGGAAAUUGGAAUGAUGAUGUUGGUUUUGGUAAUUACAAACUUUUUUUUAAAAACAUAAAAACAUGGUACAAUUACUUUUUGAGUUUUGAAUUUUGUUUAAUCCUAUAUGGAGUAUAAAUAUUAGUGCAAUGUGCCAAUAUAUUAUCUUCGAAUUGAAUGUAUGCUUCAAACAUCAUUUUUGAAACUUAAGAACAAUAAAUAUUUUGUAACAUA